AUGUGGAAACGAGCUUUGGCACCAUACAUCAAAGAUCCAAUUCAAUAUUCAAAAGACGAAGUAGUCUUUUUUGAUGAGAAGGUAGUAAUUAUCACAGAUAAAUUUGCCAAAUCUGAAUACCAUCUGUUGGUUCUUCCUAGAAACCCAUUCCUUACAAAAGAACACCCAACAAUAGCAUUGCAGGAAUCAGUAAAGGAUAAAUUAGACAAAUACAUCGCUAUUGCACAGGAUCAUAUCUAUAAGUCUUAUUCAGAUAAGUAUUCACUGUUGGUAGGGUCAAAAUGGUUUAAGGAUGACGAAGAAUAUCGAAAUAAAGAGAAGUUCAUAACUGAAUUUAUUAAUGUUGGGGUACACAGUGUCCCAUCAAUGUCAAACUUGCAUAUCCACGUUAUAACAAAGGAUUUCCAUUCUUCUAAAAUGAAACAUAAGAAGCAUUACAACUCAUUUAAUACAGAAUUUUUUGUUAACUGGGACAAGUUACCUUUAAAAGAAAUUCCUGAUGCUAGUUACAUGGAGAAAGAAGUGAUAGCAAAAUCUGAUUUGAUUUGUUCUUAUUGUAGCAAGAAUUUCAAGAACAAAUUCAGUCUAUUAAAGCAACAUUUAGAUGAGGAGUUCAACACGCAUUUUAAAUCAUUGAAUGAUUAG